GCCGGCGCGGGAGAGGACGCGCCCGCCGGCCCCGGACCCCCGCCCGACGCCGCCGCCGCCAGGCACCACAGCACCUCGCAGUCGCCGUCGUCGCGCUCGACAUGGCCUGCCGGCCGCGAAGCCCCUCCGGCUGCGGGAGCCGCCGAGACCGCGACGCCAGCCCCCCGCCCCCCGCGAGGUGGAGCCUCGGACGGAAGCGCAGAGCCGACGGGAGGCGCAGGAAGCCCGAGGACGCUGAGGGCCCCGCGAAGCCGGCGGGCGACGGCAGACCCGACAGUUUUACCACUCCCGAAGGCCCCAAGCCCCAUCCUAGAUGUUCGGACUGGGCAAGUGCGGUCGAAGAGGAUGAGAUGAGAACCAGAGUUAACAAGGAAAUUGCAAGGUAUAAAAGAAAACUUCUCAUAAAUGACUUUGGGAGAGAGAGAAAGUCCUCGUCGGGAAGUUCUGAUUCGAAGGAGUCGGGGUCCGCGGUACCAGCUGACUUAGAGACGGAUGAAAGUGUGCUCAUGAGAAGGCAGAAACAGAUCAACUACGGAAAGAACACCAUCGCCUAUGACCGCUAUAUUAAAGAGGUCCCAAGACACCUUCGACAACCCGGCAUCCAUCCCAAGACCCCCAACAAGUUCAAAAAGUAUAGUCGACGAUCGUGGGACCAGCAGAUCAAACUCUGGAAGGUGGCGCUGCAUUUUUGGGAUCCUCCACCUGAAGAAGGAUGUGAUUUGCAAGAAAUACAUCCUGUGGACCUCGGGGAAAUGGAGACUGAAUCCGUAGAAAGCAGCUCUGAAUCCCAGACAAGCUCUCAGGAUAACUUUGACGUGUACUCUGGCACACCCACCAAAGUCAGGCACGUGGACUGCGGCGCGGAGGACGAGUUUGACUUGGAAGCUUGUUUAACGGAGCCCUUGAAAGACUUCUCAGCCAUGAGCUAACUGGUGCCACCUGGAGGCCGCCGAGAGCGAGAGUUGCCCCCCCCCCUCCCCGGCGGGUUGGGGGCGGCCGAGCAUGUGUCCUGCGCGUUUGUGGCCGGAUGGCUUCUGUUCAUAGUUCAUUAUCUCAUUAUCUCACGGUGAACUGUUAUUCAGUCUUGCCUUAUUUUCUUAAGAAGCGUUAAUUUUAUGUAUGGUGAGUAUAUUUUGCAUGUUUUAAAUUGCAAAUGGAACUAAAUCCAAGGAAAAUUGAACUUGAAAACUUAAUUGCUUAAUCUCUGCCAUCCUCCACGUUAACCUGACAAACGUACUUUUAACUGGUUUUCCACCAGGAAGUGAGACACCGAGUUCCCACUUGUCAGGUGGCUGGUUUGGGUUUAACUGCACGCUCACAGGACCAGUCUUACAUCAGCUUUCUUCACUGGUAGCUGACCGAGUGUUCUUGCAAUCGGAUAACUUUAAUAAAUAUCUUUAUGGAAACUUAAAGUUUGGGCCUUUCGUCAGUAUGUCAAGGUGUGUUUUUUUCUCCUACAGAGCACUGAAUAGUCAAAGUUAGUAAAUUGAGCCAUUAAGUUCACGGAUUUUAUGUAAGUUCUACAGUCUUACUUUGGUACUUUGAAUACCGCCGCUAGGUGGGCCUGCUCCCCGUAACACUCCCAGAGUAAGGCUGCCAGCAGAGGGGCUGAGAACGACGUGUUUUACAGUUAAUUUACCAUGUAAAGUUGCUGUAAAUGAUAAUGUGUACAGAUUUUCUGUUCAAAUACUCAAUUGUAAACUUCUUGUUAAGACUGUUAUGUUUCUAUUGCUUUUGUAUGGAAUGAUAUUGCAAAAAUAAAAAGAAAAGAACCUUC